AUGCAAGUUCUUCUCCUCGGUGGCCACGGCAAAGUCGCCCUGUACCUAACCCCACUCCUCCUCAACCGCGCCUGGAAUGUUACUAGCGUGGUGCGCAAUCCCGACCACGAAAGCGAGAUCCUGGAGCUCGGAAAGGGCCGCAAAGGCAAGCUUAAUGUCUUGAUCUCCAGCCUGGAAGAUGUGAAAAGCGCCACCGAUGCCCAGAAAAUCUUAGACGUUACCAAACCAGACUAUGUAGUCUGGUCGGCCGGUGCCGGCGGCAAAGGCGGCCCAGCCAGCACAAUAGCCAUUGACCAAGAAGCAGCCAAGCACUUCAUAGGCGCUUCAUUUGCCUAUCCCAGUGUCUCCAAAUUUCUAAUGGUCUCCUGGAUUGGCAGUCGACGCCUACAACCAACCUGGAUGUCCGAUGACGCCUGGGCAAGCAUUAUGGUCGGUAAAACCGAGCGGUUACCCACCUAUGCCGCAGCCAAGCUCGAAGCCGACGAGUACAUGACGGCGCUAGCCGCGAAGCGGAAGCAGGAUUCUUCGCGUGGACCCUUCCAGGCGAUUAACCUGCGACCUGGUGUGCUAAAGGAUGAUGCUGCGACUAGGAAGGUGGAGCUUGGAAUCACGGGCGAGGCGAGGGGUAGCGUGACGAGAGAAGACGUGGCUAUUGUGGCGGAUCAGUUGCUUGCGCGGGCUGAUGUUGAGGGUUGGUUUGAUCUUGUGAACGGGAGUGUUGACGUUGAGGAGGCUGUUGAGAGGGUUGCGAAUGAAAAGGUUGAUGCUGUUGUUGGGGAGGAUGUUGAUGGGAUGGUUAAGAGAUUUUUCCCUUGA